AUGAAUCGAUUAUUGCUUGAGAAUAGCAACCAAAAGGUUUUAGUGCCUAACCCAGCCUCUGAUGAUGAUCCCCAGUUUCAAUGGAACAUAGGGGUAUCAGUUAUUACUUGGAGAAUCCUUCAAAAAGCAAUGGACCUUCAAUUAUAUGCAUCGACUAUGACUCAAGAAAAAGAGCCCGAUUUGGCAACGAGACACUUGCUUUUUAGAUAUGAUAUCAAAUCAACUCGAGCAAACUCCUAUCAACAAUUAUUCAGUUCUCACAUCUGCAUCUGGAGAUACGAUAUUAGGAAUACUCUUCAACUUCAAGAUACAGAGGGGAUUACUGCAUAUGGUGAUUCUUUGAAGACUGUAUCGGAACAAUAUAAUUUCUUCAACAAUCUUGCUGGUACCUCCUUGGAAGCCUCCAAUUAUCACGAGAAUAUCGCCGAAAUAUCCAUGGAUCGAAUUGUAACCAAAUGCCUUUAUGAAAGUAUUGAUAUUACAGAAGCAAAGCAUAGGGUUAUCGAAAAGGAUAAACUAGCCAAGGUUGCCAGUAUCAAGAUACAAAGGAAGAGAGAUAAUGCACAAGCUACCUCAAAGCUCAAACAUUACAUUAAUGCUGAUUGGGAUGAGGUAGACAAGAAUCUCAAAAAUAAAUACCUUCCUACCAGUUACAAUUCCGAUAUUUCAUUCCUUCACAAUCUAGGCCUUCAUAAGGAUAACCUUGGGAUGCUUAGUAUAUGGGAUGGUAGUGGUUUUAUAGAACAUGGAGGCGAAAUAGAUAAGGAUGAUUCUACUCCAUUAUCUACAAUUACUGGUCUAGAAGCUUCAUCUACAUCCAACAGUGUCGAUCUUCCAUGUGCAUCUGGCAAUGAAGAUCUUUUAUCGAGCGAGAUUCCUGCUUCUGAUCAUGAAGAUACAGAGAAUCUUGAUAAGGAACCUCUUUCGCUCUCUGGUGUUAUCUUCGAUCACGAUAUCCCUAGCAAGAUACCUAUGAUUCCAUGGAAUACACAAAAUAUCGCUCUUAUGGAUUCGAUGUUUACUCGGCGAAAAAUGAUGAACAAAGAGCACAAAUCUCGGCGAAUCAAAAGCCGAGUUCUAAUCAAUGCAUCAGCUGAUGAAUCUGGUGACGACCCUGACGAUAGGUCCAACGAUAGACCUGACGAGAAUGAAUCCGUUGAUGCUAUAGGAUCGCUUCAGCAUGAAUUGUGCAACUGUCCUAAGCUAUCUUCCACUAGUAUCCCUGCUUCCUGGUAUCGAUUAGUAGAUCAGGGAUUCGUUGCAAAGCAUGUUGGUUGGUUGGAUAUGAUCCAAUUGGUCCAGGUGUUGUUGGAUUUUGAAGAAGCUCGUCUUUGUCAUUUUCAUAUUAAGCAGCUUGCAAAACUAACAUUCUCCUUCCUCGCAUUAUAUCCGAUCACUCCUACAAAUCAUUAUCUUCUUGGAAUUAUAUGGCCUGGCUUUACAAUAAUGAUAUUUACAAAGCUGCUCUCAAAGAUAAAACCAAUUCAAUGGGUAGAUAUCAAACCUCAAGCUGCCUUGAUAGCUAAUGGAUCUGUGUUGAGAUAUCAAUGUCCUAAAACCGAAGAGUGUACUAUAGUAUCGAUUGGAUACGCUGGUUUGAUGGAUAACGGCGUUACUUUGGAUAAUAACAUGGAAUACGAGAAAGUUCGAUCGAGUCAUCAAAAUCUGAUACCUAUUUACGAAUACAAGGAUCUUGAUGAAUUUGGAUUACAUUACUCACCAUCAUUUUCGUUUAAUGUUGAUAUACUUUUGGAUAAUCCUGUUUCGCAAGCUUUUACAGGUACUCGAUCUUGGAAUUCCGCAGCUGUUAUGAAAUCUGCGGAAAGAUAUUUGUUAAUGCCAGAGAAAAAGUUUAUUGAGACUUAUUCCGCAGAACUGGAUGUUAGAAUACAAAAGCUUAACAUUGCUUUCGAUCUCUUCAUAGCUGAGGAAUCUCAUUAUAAACAUAACUCUUAUUCAGGAGAUCCUGGUCCUUCAUCCGAGUCACCUAAAUCUCAUCCAGAAUUCCUUAGUGGUGCAGUUAUGAAUUUGCAUCGCGAUGGCAACAGCGAAGAAUCGGAUGGAGAUGAACAAUCAAAUAACCAAGGAGAAAACGAGGGUAACCAAGAGAAAGUUGAUCAAUUCUCUCAAACCCCAUCUCAAACCUCAUCCUCUCAAAAACAACCUUUCCAUCGAGCUCAGACCCCGUUCUCUCAACAACCAAGGAUUGAUAGUAGUCAAUCUUCUCAUAUCUCACCAUCUCCAACUCUGCUAUUUCAAAAACAAUCUUCUCAUUCCGCUCAGACUUCAUUCUCUCAACAAUCACGGAUUAGUACUACUCAACCUUGUCCAUCACAAACUCCGUCCUCUCAAAAACAGAGGAUUGACAGUGGUAAACCUUCUCACAUUUCAUCAUCUUCAACCCCGCUAUCACAAAAACAAUCUUCUCGUCCUACUCAGACCCCGUCCUCUCAUAAAAAACCUUCUCAUUCUGCUCAAACUCCACCUUCUCGACAAUCGAGGAUUAAUACUAAUCAACCUUCUCGUUCAUCUCAAAUCUCAUCCUCUCAAAAACAACCUUCUCGUUCCUCUCAGACCCCGGGGUCAUCUUCUUCUCGGACCCCAGCUCAACAAAAGAUAAUUGAUCAAAUCGAAGCAGGAUCAAAUACUUGGAAAUAG